AAGUGUGCGCGCAAUCGAAGAAGGGCGCACGACAUCGUUGCCGUCAGAUGUUAUCGCGGAGAGGUCGACCAAAGGCUACGCACCGAGAUUGUCGCGUAAAAAAAUCCGACGAACGUAGACAAAAAUGCAGAGAAAACAGCGUCGGUAAGUCGGACGGCAUCGUCCGCUAGUUUCGCGUCGCCGUUCGGUUCGCUCACCCGAUACACGGAACACAACUUUCCAUUGUUGACACCAUGGCGUAAACAAAACACACGAGAGGAUAUUUUUCACCUGCCCGCCCGCCUAUAACAAAAACCCGUCUCGGACAUUCCCGAGCGACGAUAAACGCGCACGUUGCACAAAAACCACUGAUGCGGACACCUCGCGCGCCAACAUGAACGUCAAGCCCAAAGAGCGAGUCACCGCCGUUUUCAGGCGCAUCUUUAAACUGACCAACAAAAAUGAGGUUAGAAAAACGAAAGGCGCGGAGAGCGAUUCGCCCGCAAGACGUUUCCUACGAGGUUAUCGGGACACCGUAUCGCCCGCGUCGUCGAGCCAGCAGGCUUCCUCCACUUCGUUCGGCGCGAAAGACAAUAAUAAAACGGAAGAGGGAGCUCACAACAAGACGGUACGCGCGAGGCGGCUCAUGAAAGAGUUCCACGACUUGCAGAGAAUCUGCAAGUCGAAAACUGAUCCCGUGUUCACCGUCGAAUUGAUCGACGACAACCUGUUCGAAUGGUACGUGAAACUGUACAAACUAGACGACGACAGCGAACUGAUGGGCGACAUGACCGAGCUCGGCAUCCGCUACAUCCUGCUGCAUCUCGUGUUCCCGGAAAAUUUCCCAUUCGCGCCGCCCUUUGUCCGCGUGAUCUCGCCCAGGAUCGAGAAAGGAUUCGUCAUGGAAGGGGGCGCGAUAUGCAUGGAACUGCUGACGCCGAGGGGUUGGGCGUCAGCCUACACCGUCGAGGCGGUGAUAAUGCAGUUCGCCGCGAGCGUGGUGAAGGGCCAGGGCAGAAUUCAGCGCAAAAACAAGGGCCUCAAGGUGUUCAAUAAAAAAAUGGCGGAGGAGAGUUUCAGGUCGCUGGUACGGACUCACGACAAGUACGGCUGGGUGACGCCCAGUUUGUCCGACGGUUAAUCCACGUUCUCGGACGCUUACGCAAAACGCUACCUCGCUACGAGGGGUCUCGAUAACAAUUAGCUCAUUGUUUAAUAAAAUGACGGACGACGGGUCGUUUCACGAAUUCCUUCCGCGUACGACACACACACGACUGACAUUAAUAAGCGCAUUGCUCAAAAGUCACUUACCAAAUUU